CGCGAGAAGCUAAUAAAAAAUAUAUUGUAUAAAGCAUAUAAUAAAAUUUUAAAUAAAAUAACAAAAUAUGAAAAGCGUACUGUAUUUUGACAAAUGUUCACCACCUGCACGCAGUUGUUUGAUGUUAAUAAAACAUUUAGAUAUUGAUAUAGAGUUGAAAAAAAUAACUUUAUUUAAGAGGGAGCAGUUACGAAGUGAUUUUAAAGAGAUAAAUCCUGCUCACACUGUUCCGACUUUAGUAGAUGGCGAUUUGAUUCUAACGGACAGCCAUGCAAUUCUAAUUCAUUUUUGUGAAAAAUAUCAAAAGGAACAAAUGAAUUUAUGGCCGAAAGAAUACAACGAACGUAUGAAAGUUCUGAAUAUGAUGCUUUUUGAGAUAUCAGUUGUCUUUCGUAGAGAUAGUAACUUUCUGUGUGAAGUGGUACACAAAACUUUAGCAAAUGUUGACGUACCUUAUCACAAGGAGAAAAUACUUGAAAGCUAUGAUAUGCUGGAGAAAUACUUAGGCAGGCAUAAGUUUAUAGCCACAGAAUAUCUAACGAUUGCUGAUUUUUCUGUGGUUACCACCUUGAGUACCGCUAAUAUCAUGUUCCCGAUUGAUGAAAUUCAAUGGCCGUUGUUGUGCAAGUGGCUUGAGUACAUGAAAACUUUGCCAGAAUUUGAUAUCAAUGUUGAAGGUUUGGAGGAAUUACGCAAUUGGAUGGAAUUGUUUGGAAAAUUCAAAUUUCCUAUAGAGCAAUAAAAAAUAUUGUAAAAAAAACAAGAAUAAAGUUAAAGUAUAUUCGGUCAGCCAAAUUUGUUAAAAAAAAAUUGAAAUUAUAUUGCUUGCGAAUCUUAUAUGAUCAAUAAA